AUGUGUCUAUCCAUGCGGCUCAGGCCGACUACUAUCGACGAGAUUAUUGGCAACCAUCACAUCCUGUCUUUAACGGACGGGGUCAUCAGUCGCAUAUAUGAGCAAUCACGGACAACCCACGUCCUUCAGUCCAUUAUUAUAACCGGCCCACCGGGAACUGGCAAGACAAGCUUUGCGCGAUUAUACGCUAAGUCCUUCGACCCAUCCUAUAGACUGAUAGAGUUUAAACCUGGGCAGGCCACCGUUGCAGAGCUAAAUAAGGUCACGGAAAGAAUAUACACCGAUCGGGCCAACAGCUUAACAAGUGCGCGUGUUUGCCUUUUUGUCGACGAGGCUCAUAGGUGUACAAAGGCACAGCAAGACAGACUUUUGUCAGCCGUUGAAGAGGGCGUGCUGACGCUUAUCCUAGCAACAACAUCGUCUCCGUAUACGGCAAUAAUCGAGGGGCUACGCUCCCGUUGCUUUCUUCUAUCAUUUAACGCGCUUACCUCAAAGGAUAUCCUUCAGAUCUGCGUUCGAGGCCUGAAUAGCAUGCUUGACAAACUUGACACUUCUGUUCCCCUUGACAUUUGCGUGGAGCCCUCGGCGAUAGCCAAGAUUGUUGUUGCUGCCCGCGGAGAUGGGAGAAAGGCUCUUUCUCUGCUGGAGCUGUCUGUCACAGGUGGACGAAUCACUGAACAAGGUGUAGCUCUACUCCUAUCAGGAGGUGCCCACGGAGAUGCAAUCAUGCACUGUACACUUAACCAAGAACAAGUCAAGUAUGAGGGAGUGUCGGGAAUGAUUAAAGCUAUUCGUGCAUCGGAUCCUCAGGGAGCAAUCUUCUAUCUGGCAUUCCUGUUGCGCACUGCUGUUGACCCUCUCUACAUAGCUCGGCGGUUAAUUAUCUCGGCGUCAGAAGAUAUAGGCCUCGCUGAUUCACAGGCUCUAUCUGUAGCUGUGUCGUGCUAUCGAGCAACUGAAGUCAUCGGUCUUCCAGAAGCUCACUAUGCUCUGGCCCAGACAGCUCUCUACCUUUCUCUAGCUCCAAAAAGCAACUCUGCCGGUACAGCUCUUAACAACGCAUUUGCAGCUAUCGAUAGCGCUACUCCAACAGAUUGCUUGCCCCCAGAAGGCUACAAAAGUGCCUCUGCAGGCGCCAAUUACGUUUAUCCGCACAAUUAUGGUGGCUAUGUUUUGGAGAGCACCCUCCCUGAAAGUCUCCGGGGGCAAAUUUUCUAUUCAGAGGCAUCAGUUCACAAGCCGCCGUAA